AUUAAACAAAUUUUAGUUUCCAAAAAAACUGCAAGCAUGUAUUUUGUGCACAAAUUAGUGCGCAAAAAGUAACAAAUUUUUAACAAAACAAAAAAAAAAAGCGAAAGAAAAAAAUUUCCAACAUUUUCGAUACAAAAUUUCGAUAUAGAAUAUUUAGUGCAUAAAGUUUAAGUCAAAAGCACAGUGCAAAAAUAAUAAAUAAUUCAACAAACUUUUCCACCACACCUUUACACCAAACCACACAAAAAUCUACCACCCUGACUGGCCAUACGCAGACGACAAUGAUGAAGCGACGUUGGUCGAAUAACGGCGGUUUCGCCUUACGCAUUCUCGAAGAAUCUUCAACGGAAGUGAGUUCCUCCUCCAACGGGCUUGUGCUCAGCACUACACUCUCACCCUCACCGCUCGACUCACCGGUUUACGGUGAUCAGGAUCUUUGGUAUGAUGCCGCAUUUAAUGGACAUGGUGGUGGUGGUGGAGGUGGUGGUCACAGUGUGAUCACAUCAGCACAUAGUUGUGCCGCCUUACUGCCACCACAAACGUCUAUAAUACCUUUGGGCGGUGGCGUUAAUAACACGAAUAUGAAUGGUGCUGGCAACCCUGGCAUAAAUUUCGGUGGUAGUGGUGGUGGUGUUAAUGGCAUUGUCGGCGGUGGCAGCUUGGCGCAUGGCAGUCAGUUGGGUAAUGGACAUCUUGGAAAUCAGCUAAAUUCACAUAAUAACAAUAACAACAAUAUGAAUAUGCAUAACAACAAUAUCAACACCACGAAUAUGUUGCAUGCAACACUGAAUCAGGGCCUGAUAAAUGGCCUGAUGAGUGGUGUACUGGGUGUGAGUGGUGGCAUGCAACAUAAUGGACUCAACAUGCAGCAACAUACGCCGCGCAGUGAUUCGGCAAAUUCAAUAUCGUCAGGUAUGUUUUCAAAAAUAUUUUUAAACUUAAAUUCUUAUUGGAUUCAUAUAAAUGGGUAAGUAGUAAUUGAAAUAAAAUAAA